AUGGCAACUCCGAUUUCCCAAGAACCCUCUGGGCCGUGUUCAGAACAAGAACAAAUGAAUGAAAUGUCUAGAAAUUUCUAUUACGUUAGAAAGAGAGAAGUCCGUAUGUUUCCAGGCGCAACGGCUUUGCUAAAAAUGUCGAUUCAGAAGUACAUGGCGAAGUACGAGGUAGAAUUUAUGGAUGACGACCAAAAGCUUCGCGUUUUGCUGCCUCUGGAUGUGAAUAGGGAGGACUCUGAUAAGAAAUUCCAACUGCUGAUGGAAAUGCCCGAUAAUAUGAAGAAGGCGAAGCUUUUGACCUUCUUUCGUGUCGAUACGAUCAAGGAAUUCGAAAAACAUGUCCAGAUGACAGAGAUCUCUAUCUUAGGCCUCGAAAGGAGAAAUACCUGCACAAGUCGGAGAGGCAGGACCUCAAAGAUCAACGAGAUUUCUAGCAAUACACAAGGCAGAACUGGCAAAACAGAAACAAAUUCAGGGAGAAUAGAAGAGCUGAGACUCAGGAGCUAG